UGGAGACGAUACUUCCUGUUGUUUCAGGCACAUUUGGCAAGAAGCAAAGGAUGCUCGUGGACAACAACUGACAGUGUGCCUCCCUUUAACUGCAUGGUCCAGCACUGACCUGGGAAAUGAAACAGGAGUACCAGGAUCUCGUCCUGCAGGCAUGUGGUGCCUCAUCUCUGCGUGUCGGUGCAAAGAUCCAGACCCUGUGGAGCGGUUAUGGGGAAAUAGUCAGGCUACACCUGGAGGACUGUGACCGACCCUCUGUGGUCGUCAAACACGUCAAGUUUCCGCAGGAGGCCGAGCACCCGGGCGGUUGGAACACGGAUCGCUCCCACACACGUAAAGUGAGAUCCUAUCAGGUGGAGACGCACUGGUACCAGAACUAUUCCACCAGUCCGAGCUGUCGCAUCCCUGCCUGCCUAGCUGCCUGUUCCCAUGGAGACGAGAUGCUGAUCGUGCUGGAGGAUCUGGAUGUGGCGGGUUAUGAUCAGAGGAGAACCAGUGUGAAGGACAGAGAGAUAAGAGCUUGCCUCAGCUGGCUUGCCCACUUCCAUGCUCUGUUCCUGGGUGUGGCAGCAGAGGGGCUGUGGCCUGUUGGUACCUACUGGCACCUGGAGACCCGGCCAGAUGAGCUGGAGGCCAUGGACGACGCCGAGCUCAAAGCAGCAGCUGGCGACAUCGACAGAAUACUCAACGAAUGUUGCUUCAAGACUAUCGUGCAUGGAGACGCCAAGUUAGCCAACUUCUGUUUUUCCCAGAGUGGACAGGACGUGGCAGCUGUAGACUUUCAGUAUGUUGGUGGAGGCUGCGGGAUGAAAGACGUGGUGUAUUUUUUAGGUAGCUGCAUGGAGGAAAAGGAGUGUGAAAAGAGGGUACCAGGCUUACUGGACUACUAUUUCACAGAAUUAAAGCUAGCUGUGAAAAAAGAUGUGGAUUUUGCUGCACUAGAGAAAGAGUGGAGGGAGAUGUUUGCAUUUGCCUGGACAGAUUUUCACCGUUUCCUGUUGGGAUGGAUGCCCGGACACUGGAAGAUCAACCGCUACAGUAAACAGCUGACCAAGGAGGUACUGCGCAAACUGAAACCACACCAGAAACUUCAAACAUCUGACAACAAGAGGAGUAAGCGUGUGGCUGACAGGUGAUCAGCUGUAAAUCUGAAUAUGGAAAAAUAAAUCACCCACAAACACACACUUUACAUCACUAUUUACAGUGAAACAUGCUUAUCAACCAUUUCUGGAUAAAUAAAAGUUUUUGA